UAUGGUCGCACUCUAGUUCAGGUUCAUCUUUCUAUGAUUUCCUGUUGUAAGGGGAGUGAGAAAAUCACUAUCCUGAUGGAUAUCGUUGUGCGUUGACGUCGUGCAUUCCAACAUUGUUGGGUGGAUGUUUAAGUUUGUGCGGGGUUAGUGUCUAUCUAAUCCUUACAGUGGCAGCGAAGUGUUUUUGGAAGGAAUAAACGUAAUUUGUGAAUUGUUUUGAGAGAAGGCAUACCUUCCAGAUUGUGUCGAUAUGAUUGUUUAGUUGAAUUAAGAUUGAAUACAAGUGGAAACGGAAGGAAUAGAUUUUUGGCGCGUUUGCGCGCAAUCCUCCACCAUUCCGCCAUUGGACGUACGGCGAAUGCCUGGUCGAUGAUCGAUAUCAGCGCCCACCGCCGGAAGGAGAGCGACGAAAAGUUGAAUGAAAAGCGUGUCAUGUACACAAAGCAGUACUUGCAGGGUUAAGAAGAACGGAUGCAUUGCCCUUUCAUCGGCACUACGGAUCAAGAAGCAACUGAAGAAACGCAAUAUACCGGUUCAAGCAGAAAUCCUUUUUAGUAAGUGCGGUGGUAUGAAAUUGUGCUGAAAAGAGAAGUGCUUACUGUAGCCGUGGAAGAGUUGAAUGAAAAAUAAGCCCACGGAGAAAUGUGCACACAUGUGUAUAGUGUACCAUAACAGAAAAGAAAGUACUGUAUAAAAUAUUAACGAAGCUGGAGAAUACGUAGAGAAAGAGAGUAAGUGCAAGUAGGAAAAUUAAAGCCCUUCUGGAGUUUGUUGUUUAUUUGAAGGUAAAAGGAGACGGUUGUCGAUACGGUACAUUAGGCGUAGCAUUUACCCAUACUUCGUCAACCCUUGACAGUUGUAAAAGGAGCACCGUCGUAUGCUGAAGGGAUUCGUAUUAUAAAAAAACGCGUUCAUUCUUACACGAUAAUGUGAAUGUCUGCCAUAAAUAAGCUAUUGACACUGGUGUUUCCAACUGGAAUGAACGUGGAUUAACUUCUUUAGAAAGAAAGUCCACCGACCGAGAAAACCGAAACCAGAGUUGGGCAGACUCGAUUGAAUGGGAUUAUAGUGCAGUAGGACCGACCAUCAACUGCUCCGGAGCGGAGGUCCGUGUUCGGUUGACUGAUGCAGAAGUGAAAUUUUAAUUAUUACUAAAAGUUAACCUCUUCCUAGUUGGUCUAUAUCUGCACUUUUGAGUGCCAGCGAGCCGAAUAGUCAAUCGUUCUACCGGACGGAAAUGUGCGACGAAGCGGAGAGCAAGGGAAAAGUAACAAUAUUAGCAGACAGAUAAACCUGCAACAUCUCCGAGCGCAGGAUUCGUGCAGUAGGGCAGCAGAUAACGGCGACGACACUGGCGCAAGUUGCAUGCUGUAAAAGUUUUUCGCAUGCACCAGCCUCAUCGAAAUGCGAAACACGUGCUGAGCAGCGAAGAAAAGUGUAUCGCGGCAACAGCGGCAGUUAUGAAAAUUAAUUGAAUACAGAAUUUCCCGCCAGCAGCGGUGAGAGUGCUAAAAUUUAUAAUUAAAUUAGUGUGGAUAAUAGUUUUUUCGGCUGCUGGAGAGAUCUGCUUCUGGUGGAGAACUGUUUGGACAAGCUGUUCCCCUGCCGGCCUUCAUUUAAGCGUAAUAAUUUGUGCAGAAUGUGUGGCAUUUAAUAGUGAUCAUAAAGGCCAGACGCAACACAAAGCCGCAGUUUCUGAGUGAAGAAUCCCAAACAAAUAAUCGCUAAUAAGCUAAAAGUGUGAAAAUAUCGUGCCCCAUUCCGGGCAGUCGUUCGUUCCGUGAAUGUACAUAAUUCAAUGAAAUCACCGUCCCGAAAUUCAUUAUAUUAAAUAAAAUAAUAACAUUGAAAAGGCGGAGGUGCAAAGUUUAAUGCGUGGUGUGCCAAAAUGGCAAGUGCCCGUUAUUGGUCCAUACCACCGUUCAAAAUGUUAGCUCUGACUGUGCUUUUGCUGACCCUCGCCGGCCAUUCUUUGUGCGAACCGUACGGCGGUGGACACUAUGGGUUGAAUGGCGCGACGACACGCUGUCCGCGGCUGUGUUCCUGCACCGCCCAAACCGUGGAUUGCUCACACCGAGGACUGACGCAGGUGCCGAGGAAGAUCCCUGUGGAUACCGAUAGACUGGAUCUACAAGGCAACAACAUCACCGUCAUCUACGAAUCAGAUUUCCAGGGUUUAUCGAAGCUGCGAAUAUUGCAACUGACGGAUAACCAAAUCUACACGAUAGAGAAGGAUGCCUUAAUGGAUCUGCUUUCCCUGGAACGAUUACGACUUAAUAGCAAUCGCUUAAAAUCAAUACCAGAUAAUUUUUUAUCGAGCGCUGCUAAUUUAUUACGAUUAGAUCUCUCGCACAAUGUCCUCACGGCUAUCCCGAAGCGGGCCUUCAAAGGUGCUACUUCACUGCGAAGUCUACAGCUGGAUAACAAUCAAAUCACCUGCCUGGACGAGCAGGCCGUCAAAGGAUUAGCGGAGCUGGAAAUACUGACGUUGAACAACAAUAACAUUACGACCCUCCCUCGGGAUAUGUUUACCGGAAUGCCUCGGCUGCGCGCCCUGCGUCUUUCGGAGAAUCCAUUCGCGUGCGAUUGUCAUCUGUCAUGGUUGGCAAAGUAUCUGAAAAAUGCACCACGCCUGGCGCCUUACACGCGAUGCCACUCGCCCAGCCAACUCAAAGGCCAGAUCGUGGCCGAUCUGCACGACCAGGAGUUCAAGUGCUCAGGUCUGACAGAGAACGCUCCGAUGGAAUGCGGCGGUAGGAGUUUGUGUCCACAUCCGUGUCGAUGCGCCGACGGUAUCGUGGAUUGUCGUGAAAAAAGCUUGACUAGCGUGCCAUCCACGCUGCCAGAAGAUACCACAGAAUUGCGGCUAGAGCAAAACUACAUCACCGAAAUCCCCCCGAAAGCGUUCGCCAGCCACCGAAGACUGAAGCGAAUAGAUUUGUCUAAUAACAACAUUUCACGCGUUGCCUACGAUGCCUUCAGUGGACUGAAAUCGCUUACAUCGCUUGUCCUCUAUGGCAAUAAAAUUAAGGAUUUGCCGGCAAGUGUAUUUAAGGGAUUAACGUCGCUCCAGCUGCUUCUGUUGAACGCCAACGAAAUCACGUGCGUGCGGAGGGACGCCUUCAAGGACCUACAGAAUCUCAGUCUAUUGUCGCUGUACGAUAACAACAUACAGACGCUGGCCAACGGCACGUUCGACUCGCUCAAGAGCAUUCAAACUUUACACUUGGCACGUAAUCCCUUCAUUUGCGAUUGUAAUCUACGGUGGCUGGGCGAUUAUUUGCAUCAAAAUCCAAUCGAAACCAGUGGAGCCCGCUGCGAUUCACCCAAACGAAUGCAGCGGCGCCGCAUAGAAGCCCUUAAGGAUGAGAAAUUUAAAUGCACUGAUAAUUUAAGUAAAACCAUAUAUGCUGGUGAAUGUCGCAUGGAUCAGGAGUGUCCUGCAGCUUGCCAUUGUGACAGAACAAAGGUGGAUUGCUCGGCUCGCGGAUUGAAGGAAAUUCCAAAGGAUAUACCUCUCUACACCACUGAACUUUUGUUGAACGACAAUGAACUGAAUCGGAUCCGAUCAGAUGGUCUAUUCGGUCGUUUGCCGAAUUUGAUCAAGCUCGAUCUACGACGAAACCAAAUCAUGAACAUCGAACCGAAUUCCUUCGAAGGCGCCAUAAAGAUACAAGAGCUACAGAUAAGUGAAAACAAAAUAGCAGAGGUUCACAAUAAAAUGUUUCUAGGACUGCACCAGCUAAAAACUUUGACAUUACAAGAUAACUUGAUUUCCUGCGUAAUGCCAGGAUCGUUCGAGUUUCUUUCGUCUUUGUCGCAGCUAAACCUUGCGUCAAAUCCUUUUCGCUGCAACUGCCAUCUAGGUUGGUUUUCGGAUUGGCUGCGCAAGAAACAACUCGGUGGUACUCCAGCUCGAUGUGCCUCUCCGGCUAAAGUUCGUGAUAUCCCUGUGAAAGAUUUGCCUCACUUUGAGUUCAAGUGUUCCACGGAAGCCGACCAGGGUUGCCUCGGAGAAGACUACUGUCCACCGUCCUGCACAUGCACCGGGACCGUGGUUCGAUGUUCUCGAAACAAGUUGAAAGAAAUCCCAAGGUCUAUUCCUUCCGAAACAACCGAACUGUACCUGGAGUCCAAUGAAAUUUCAAUCAUUCACACUGAACGGAUCCAACAUUUAAAGUCGCUUACUCGAUUGGACUUAAGUAACAACAAAGUGAGCAUGUUAUCCAACUACACUUUUGCAAACUUGACUCGCCUAUCCACGCUUAUCAUCAGCUAUAACAAUCUGCAGUGUGUCCAGCAGCAUGCGUUCGCCGGAUUAAAAAGUCUGAAGGUUUUAUCCUUGCAUGGAAAUCAUAUUUCCAUGAUUCCGGACGGAUCGUUCGUUGAUCUUCAGUCUAUUACUCACAUUGCUCUCGGAAGCAAUCCACUAUACUGCGAUUGCUCUCUCAAAUGGUUAUCAGAGUGGGUGAAACGAGAUUACGUUGAACCAGGUAUCGCCCGUUGUGCGGAACCUGAAGCCAUGAAGGAUAAACUUGUUCUGUCGACACCGGCAAGUCAAUUCGUUUGCAAAGGAAAAGUUAGCAAUGAAAUUCUCUCCAAAUGUGAUGCCUGCUACACAUUCCCUUGUAAGAAUAAUGCUGCAUGUAAAGCGCUACCUGAAAGGCAAUAUGAAUGCCAAUGUCCUCCAGGAUAUCACGGGGUUCACUGUGAACUAAUGAUUGACGCUUGUUACGGAAAUCCAUGUCGAAACAACGGGACAUGCACGGUACUCGAAGAGGGACGGUUUAGUUGUCAGUGUGUGUCGGGUUAUUCGGGAGCCCGAUGUGAAAUCAAUAUAGACGAUUGCACAAAUCACAAGUGUGCCAAUAAUGCCACUUGUGUGGAUGGAGUGAAUUCUUACAAUUGUGCAUGUUUACCCGGUUAUACGGGACCGUACUGUGAAUCAAAGAUCGAAUUCUGUGGUAAAGACUUCAAUCCAUGCCAGAAUGGCGCUAAAUGCGUUGAUCACUCCACACAUUACAGUUGUGAGUGCAUUCCUGGCUAUCGAGGUAUCAAUUGCACAGAAAACAUUGACGACUGCAUAAAUCAUAUGUGCCAAAAUGGAGGAACCUGUAUUGAUGGUAUUAACGAUUAUAUGUGCAAAUGUCCAUCAGAUUUCACCGGGAAAUUUUGCGAAGGAACGCCGAUGGUCGCAAUGCUCUACCCACAGACGUCUCCAUGCCAGCAACAUGAGUGCAAAUUUGGUGUUUGCUUUCAACCGAAUCCCUCCAGUGCUGAUUAUGUUUGCAAAUGUGCUCCUGGUUAUUCGGGCAAACGCUGUGAAUAUCUAACGAGCUUGACAUUCUUGCACAAUAACUCAUUCGUCGAGCUGGAACCGCUCAGGACAAAACCGGAGGCAAACGUUACGAUAGUUUUUAGUAGCACACAACAAAAUGGCGUGUUGAUGUACGACGGCAACAACGAACACCUUGCUGUGGAGCUGUUCAACGGACGCAUUCGCGUGAGCUAUGAUGUGGGAAAUUACCCGGUUUCUACAAUGUAUAGCUUUGAGAUGGUAGCUGAUGGAAAAUAUCACCUGGUGGAACUGAUCGCAGUGAAAAAGAAUUUCACACUUCGUGUCGAUCGAGGAUUAGCCAGAUCAAUCAUCAACGAAGGAACAAAAGAUUAUCUAAAAUUAACCAGCCCAAUGUUUUUGGGUGGUUUGCCACCUGAACCAGGCCAGCAAGCGUACAAACUGUGGCAUCUAAGAAAUCUCACCAGUUUCAAAGGCUGUAUGAAGGAGGUCUGGAUCAAUCACAAACAAGUCGACUUUCUCAAUGCGGCUCGUCAACAAAAAGUUACGCCUGGUUGUACCCUUCUAGAUACCGAAAACGAGGGGGAGGUCGAUGACGAGUUUAUGCAAGAAACACCGAUGAUAGUCAAAGAGGUAAUUGCCAGCACUGUUUUAAGUUCUACAUAUACUUACAUUAUUUUAUUCGUUACUCAACAGGUGGACCCCUGCGAGAAUCACCAGUGUAAGCGGGGUGGCAAGUGCAUACCCAAUGGAAAGGGAAGCUAUUCCUGCAAGUGUAAGAACGGUGCCAAGGGCAAAUUUUGUGACCAAGGUUCAUCCACUUGUCGCAAGGAACAAGUUCGAGAAUACUACACCGAGAAUGAUUGUCGAUCUCGGCAGCCAUUAAAGUACGCAAAGUGCGUAGGUGGCUGCGGGAACCAAUGUUGCGCCGCCAAAGUCGUACGACGAAGAAAAGUACGCAUGGUGUGUAGCAACAAUACCAAAUAUAUCAAGCACCUUGAUAUCGUGCGCAAAUGCCAUUGUACAAAGAAAUGCUACUGACUGCAAGACGCGACUACCCGAAC